AAAUGGUCUGGUAGAGAAGGGGGAGGGAUUGCCUCGAACCCUUCCAGCAUUUCUUUGGGUUUCUUCUUUUAACAGUGUUGCCUUCUGCUUGGUUAGUUGUGGGGCACUCUUCUCCAGAUUCAUGGAAAAAAGAUAACAUCUUUAGCUGAUUUGCCAGAGACACAGCAGCAGGGAAUUGCCAAGUGAGGCUUCCUGCUUUGAAGAUGGCUCUUUUCAGCUGGCUGGUUGCUCUUUGCCUCCUCCUCCUCCUCUCUUUCUGGAAGAGCCAACGUCCCAAAGGGUUCCCUCCCGGACCUUGGCGCCUGCCCCUGAUCGGGAAUGUGCUUCAGCUCACUGCGAAGGACCUUCUGAAGACCCUGGAUCAGCUGGCAAAAAAAUAUGGCCCUGUCUCCAGUGUUUAUGCUGGAGGAAAACCUGUAAUCUUUAUUCAUGGAUUUCCUUCAGCAAAAGAGGUCCUGGUGAUAAAAGGCACAGAAUUUGCUGGGAGGGCAGAAUUUCCUAUAACGGAUGACAUCACUAAUAAAAAAGGUUUACUGACACAAAGUUAUGGUGAAGUAUGGAAGGAGCAAAGAAGGUUUUCACUGAUGCUUCUCCGAAGCUUUGGAGUGGGCAAAAAAUCAAUGGAAGAAAAGAUCUUGGAGGAGGCGACUUAUUUGAUUCGGGCAUUCACUGAAAACAUGAGUAAGCUCCCCUGGGACAGGAUGGGAUGGUUGGGGAAUUGUCCCUUCAGUGUGGCUUCUUUUUCCAUAGGACAUAGUUGACCUCAAAGUUGACCAGUGAGAAGGUGCAUUGAUGCAAAGUGGGAGAAGCUCAGAAUUCUGGUGGCAUAAAAUUCCAAACCCUGCUGACCAAAAUAAGACCACAUCCUUCAUUUU